CACAGAAGAAAUUUUGAAGACAAGAUACAACCAGUUCUAUGGACAGGUACCAUUAAGAUGAUUUACUUGCUGUUGAUCUUGUUUUUACUAUGAACUCUUGAUUCUCACUACUAAUGACAUGUACUGCUACUAUUACUAUUUAGCCUUGUCACGCUGACGACAACAGCUUACCAGGGUUGAACCGUCUGUCUUUGACUCAAAAGGCUUCUACACGCCACCUUCUUGGUAAGUGAUAAAGACAUCGAUAAUAUACAGAGCCUCUGUAAGGGCUACUCCUCUCAUGUCGGAAUCACAGGAGUCCCCCAGCUUCCUCAGUCCUGCCAACCAAUUCCUUCAGCGAGAAGUUUACCGACUGGUCACUGAGCCGGGCCUUCGCUCCCUUCCUCCCAAUCCAGAACGAGACUUUCUCACUCUCACCUGGGGACCCAUCGUCUUUCGGACGACCUACGCGCCCGAAUCGCGAGAGCUAUUCCCCAUCUUCCUGCGUCAACUAAACGAGGAGGUCCGGCGAUCCCUGCCACGUACCAUACCGGGCAGUCCAAGCCAGAUGACAAUGCUAGAGCGGACAUAUUCGUCCAAGGUAUUCACGGAUCAGAGCGCCUAUGAGAACGUCGACGAGGCGGCCAUACAAGAGGCGUUUCACGACUGGAAAAUCUCCCUUGGACUGCCUUCCAUCAAGCUCCCUGUACGGUUGAAUACGUGUCUGAUGGUCGACGACGGAAUCCUAGCCCGCCUCACAGAGGUGGUCAAUUCGUCAAUGCUGGCUGAAAAAGAUGCGGAUGUCUCGUCGUGUCCUGUGAAGAUUGUUGAGGAAAACUUCCCAGAUCUCAGCAAAAUGGAUUACUGUGGAAAUACAGACUAUCAGGGAUGGACCACCGUGGCUUUUUCGUCACUUGUCGAGGUGUACGACGGAAUUGGACAGGGAAAAUGCCUUGCAGACUAUCACCGGCCAAACCUUGUAUACCAGGGCAAAGACACAUGGAGCUGACUUUGCUACGAGUAGCCAAUGAUAGGGAAUUCCCUCGGCGAUAGUCAAAGUACCCUACACACUGCUCUAUAAUGAGAAUCACUUCUUCCAAAGAGUAAUCAUCUACCUUUCUUGCGAAUUCUGCUCCUGGUUUCAUCUCCUCGAACUACCAUGAAAGGCGC